AUGAGGUGCCUCCUGCUCGCCCUGGGUCUGGCCCUCGGCUGUGGUGUCCAGUCUGCCCACAUCCCCCAGACAGCAGAGGAUCUGGACGUUAGAAAGGUGGCUGGGACGUGGCACGUGGUGGCCAUGGCGGCCAGCGACGUGUCCCUUCUGGACGCCGAGAGUGGCCUGCUGAGAGUGUACAUGGAGGAGCUGAAACCCACCCCCAAGGGUGACCUGGAGGUCCUGCUGCAGAAACGGGAAAACCACAAGUGUGUGGAGAAGACUCUCAUGGCCCAGAAGACCAAGGACCCUGCUGUCUUCAUGGUCGACUGUCACGCAGAAAGGAAGAUUUCCGUGCUGGACACAGACUACAGCAGCUACAUGAUCUUCUAUGGAGGGCCCACACCCACCGACGAGGGCAGCGUGAUGUGCCAGUGUCUGGGUACGUGGGGACCUUGCAGCGCGUGUCUGGAAGGGCUGCACCUCACCGAGAUGUCUCCCCAGUGGGUACCUCCCACUGGCAACACAGUAGUCCCCGUGACCAUCGACCGCCGAACGGAUAAAGAAGCUGUGGACACGGCUGUCCCCAGUGCUGGCUCUGACCUGUCCUUGUCUAAGAGGCUGACCCCGGAAGUGUUCCUGGUGCUGGCAGCCAGCCUGGACCCAGAGCCCAGACACCCCCCUGCACCGCGCCCCACCCCACCCCCCACCCCCGUCUUCUGGGGCCUACCAGGAACCGUCCAGGCCCAGAGGGGGCCUUCCUGCUUGGCCCCGGAUGGAAGAAGGCCUUCUAUUGUUCUCGUAGCGGAAGCCCCCUGA